AUGUUCGGGCCACGAGGCUGGAGUAAAGCCCAGUCCCGGCUAUGGAGCUACGGCUGUAGGAGGACUUACAUCCCGUACAAUCUCCGACAUUCAGCACGGUGGAUACCGAGAAACGGAGUCCCAGGCCAGGCCAGGCCCUGGGAAGUUUGUGCCAUCUCUGAAGGAAAGAGCAAGUUUGAAAACCUCGACGUCCCACGCAAAAAGCUCCACCACCAUGUCCUUCUACUCCGCCCUCCCGGAGACCAUGUACCGGCGUCGAAGAGAGUUCCCGCCAUCGCGAGACCAUUCGUGAGCCAACGAGCUUUGGAGACAUUGGAUCUUGUCGAGAAAUUUGUCGAAGAACGAUGCGUCCCCGCCGACAGAGUCUACGCCCAGCAGCUCGGGACAAGCACGCAGUCUCGGCUUGCAGCGCAUCCGGCGAUCCUGGAGGAUCUCAAGACCGAAGCUCGGAGGCUGGGGCUUUGGAACAUGUUUCUCCCCAAGGCUCACUACGCCGAAGGCGCCGGGUUCAGCAACCUGGAAUUCGGCCUGAUGGAAGAAUAUCUCGGUAAAAGCGUCGUGGCCAGCGAGGCCACAAACUGUGCCGCUCCCGAUACGGGCAACAUGGAAGUGUUGGCCAAGUACGGUACGGAGGCACGAAAGAAGCAGUGGCUUCGACCGUUGCUGGAGGGUGAGAUUCGAUCAGCUUUUCUCAUGACGGAACCAAAUGUUGCCUCCAGCGACGCGACGAAUAUUCAGUUUUCCAUCAGACGCGACGGUGACUCGUAUAUCCUCGACGGACAGAAAUGGUGGAGUAGUGGAGCUCCCGAUCCUCGGUGCAAGCUCUAUAUUCUGAUGGGCAAAUCCGAUCCCAACAACCCGUCGCCCUACCGGCAGCAGACUGUUGUCCUGGUUCCGUCAGACGCCCCCCGGCAUCACCAUCAUGAGAACGCUUUCGAAAACGUGCGGGUGCCGGCAUCAAAUGUCGUCCUGGGAGAAGGACGAGGAUUUGAGGUGAUCCAAGGCCGGCUAGGACCUGGCCGCAUUCACCACGCCAUGCGCUCGAUUGGUAAUGCCGAGCGAGCGCUGGAGUAUUUUGUCGCCCGCAUCACAGAUCCGUCCAAGAAGCCAUUUGGAAAACAGCUCUCCGAGCACGGUGUGAUGCUGGAGAGAGUCGCGCGGAGUCGGGUCGAGAUCGACGCCGCGCGUCUGGCGGUGCUCAAUGCCGCGAUCAUCAUUGACGAGUCCAACGCGAAGGGGGCCUUGAGGGAGAUAUCGAUGGUGAAGAUCCAAACGCCACAAGUGGUUCUGGAUGUGGCGGAUCGCGCCGUGCAGGCUUUUGGGGCCGCAGGGGUGUGUCAAGAUACCCCUCUGCCCGAGAUCUGGACGGCAGGACGAGCGAUGCGUAUCGUCAAUGGUCCGGACGAGGUCCAUCUGCUCCAACUGGGUCGCAAUGAAAGCAAGAGAGGUCCCCUGAUGCUGGAGAAGGUUGCUUCACAGGAGCAGACGGCUGCUGCCAUGCUGGCACGCUACGGUCUGGUGCCGGAGGACUCUCUACAGAUGAAUUUAGUCAGGUCAGCAGCCACCCGGUUGGCGAGGUUGUGA